AUGGAAUCAAAUGCUAAAAGUCGAGGAUCACGCACGCAACGCGAUAGUGUUGCAAGAAAGGCUGAUUCAGUUCUCCAGCUUCACGAAUUCUGCCAAAGACACCAUUGCGACCUACCCAAAUAUAUAUUUGAGAACAAAAGAUUGACCCUGUUUUUAUCAGGCACACAUGUUUUCAGCAAGAUUCCCGAAUUCCAAUCCAAGAAUAAAGUCAGGAGCCACGUCGAAGGAGAGAUAGAUGUAGCUAAACAAGCUAUUCGUUGGAUUCAAAACAGCCCCUCACCUUCCCUCUACUGGAAGAAUUCCAAGACGGAAGAGUUGAUAACAGACUUUAUGGCAGAACUAGGUGAUGGUGUCUACGAGAAUGGCACGGACAAGAAGGAUCUGGUAAGUUUCAUGCAGUAUCUGGAAGAUAAGGCCAAGGAUAAACUGAGGGAUCGUCUCGAGAGGAAAGGGGUACCUAAAAAAAGCUGUGGAACUCCUCCUCAGUACACAAGCGCGUUUGAAGUCUGCCGCCUUUCUCAUGUGACCUGCACAGCAGCCAAUGCUUACCCUGAGAUUAUUUGUGCACCAAAUGUUGUGUUUAAGACCGAUAACUUCCACGAUCGAACCAACUUUGGAAAUACUAUUGCCUACACUACAAUAAGCCCCUCGCCAAAGCAAGAAAGGCUGCCUCCACUCACUGAUCUCGAAAAGUUUUACGGAAGUGUAGGAGUCAUGGGCAAUAUCGCAUUGGUAAAAGAUCUCGACGAUAAAUUAAGGUUGUUAAUAGCGAUCAUGUCACAAGACGGUUACAAGUUUUUAGCCAGAUUACAAGUAUUGAGCAUCAGACAUGGCAAGAAGCGACUAGAAUUUCUGCAGUAUUUGAUGGAUUUUUUCUGCGAAGAUUUGAUCAAGGAUAUAACUGGGGACUUUCUUCGGGGUGAACGAUCUUGGACCGAAAAGAACAUGGCUCAAUUCUCUCAGGUUCAGAGUAAAAAUUUAUUUGGAGUCUUCAAUUCAGUUGCUUCAUCUCUUGGCUAUAAAUCUGAGGAAAAUCUAAAGCUAUUUCUCAGUUGGCACCAAAAUGAUGAGAUUUCUCAGAGGUUACGCAAGAUUGAAGAGCAAAAGCCAGGGAAGACUUCGCAAAUACCCAGUGACGCCCUGCGUUAUCACCAGCUCAACAUUUUCCGAGAAAUUAAUACGUUUAUUGGAGAUUCGAGCGACGGUCAACGUAUCAAGAAUCACUUCAUCUUCCUUGCUGAUUGCAGUGUAAAGGGAGCUCUUGGAUUCCUUGCGGCUAUUGAUCAUGCAGCAGGAUCAUUUGGUAUCGUCAGAUUUCUUGAGUUCUCUUUGCAAUUGUACCACUGCGGUGUAUAUCGUUGGGCAUUGAAUAAUAAACACGUAAUUGGGAACGACGCUAUGUUCUUUCAAAAAGUCUUUCUGCUUGUUAGAGCGCUAAAUGAUAGAACAGCAAGUCAGGCUGUUAAGGAUGUAGUUGCCACCAUCGAACAACUUGUCCCGGCCGGAAUUCUUGCAAAUAAUGCAACGACACCAAUCUCGCAAGGAGCCCAGGCUCCAACUCCAGAUUCAUCACCAGCUCCAAUCACUCCAUCAUUUGAUGAACAACGCCAACUACCUCCUACCACAACAAACCCUAGUCCAAAACCGAAAUCAAAAUUCAAUUUGCCAGGCUCUAAGUUAUCACCACCUUCCAGUAAAGCCUCUAGUUAUCCUUCUAAGAAUGUUAAAAAGGCCGAUACAACUCUACCCGAAGCAACCAAGAGUACUAAAAGACCAAUCCUAGCUCGUGGAAAGUGUAUCAAAUGCCCCCGCGCUGGAUACAAGAUACAUCACGAUGGCAAAAUACUUUGUCUAGAAUGCAGAACCAGACCCCUUUAA